AUAGCUCCAUUGGCAUUCUUCGUAUAUACACAUUGUAACACCAUCGAAAUUCCUCUGAUUCUUCUAAGUUUUUUCGUUCCGCUGCAUUUUCAUUUUCUUCCGUUUCGAAUGUGUUUUUCAAAUGCAGUCUCAUAAUUUUAGUUGAUAUCCCGAAGCGAAUUUCAUUUAAUUUCGCAUUAGUCUUAUGUGGUAUUUUAAUCAAUCGAAUUGUGAAGUGUGUUUUUUUUUCUCUCUCUCUCCUUGGUGAACAAAUUUUCGAUAUGAAAUGCAUCAAGGUUGGCCAGUGAAUGUUGUGAGGCAAACAAAUGAAUAAAAAAAAAUUUCGUUUUUUUUGCUUGGAAGUGCGGUAAUGCACAAAUAUCGAUAAGAAAAAUGUUGACCAGUAUACGAAUGGAACAAUUUGCUGUAACCGAUUGAAUAUAUUUUGGGCUUUGCUUCAAAAAUUCAUACUCAACUUCGAUACGGAAUCGCAAAGUCAAUAGAAAUACCAAAUCAAACAAAACAUAGACGAGAAGCGAAAAAAAAAUUUGAUCGCAACGAAAAGGGAAGAGAAACUGCGGUGAAACUAUCACGUUCGGUCUCCCCAGACUAAAAGUGUGAGCAUAUAAUUAAAUAUACAAGCAAACUGAAGAAAUCAAAAGCAAAACGAAAGUGACAGCGAACAAAAAAAAAUUAUGUCAUGAAAUAGUAUCUUGUGUCCAAAGUGUGAUUUAUUUUUGUUCCUUCGUUAAUUUCGGCAUAUACUAUAAUGCUGAUAAUUAUUGAUAUUAUGAAUUUUUGAUCGGUGCGCGCUGAGUGAACGUGUUUGUGUGCACUUUUGUUUGUGUGUGUGUGUGAUGAGCUAGUGGCAGUGGUGACGGAUAUGUGUUUUCAUAUUUCCUUUGUUUUCGUUGUUUGUUUUAAUUGAAGUGCAUGAGCAAUAGCGCAAAAUAAACAAUCGUUCCAAUCAUUACGGCGAGGUGUUAAUAUUUGCGUUGAACACACAAAAUUUGUUUUUUGUGUUCAAGUGAAGUGUCUUAGAGAGCCAGUGAGCCAAGCGACCAGCCACAUUGGAUGGGAAAGCACGCGCGCUGCGCGACUAGCAAAUGAAUUGGAAUCGAAGGUCUCUCACAGGCUCACUUGUGGUGACUAACUAAUAAUAAAAACGAGCGAGACACACACAAAACAAAGCAAAAAAAAACACACACAGAAACGAAAGAAAAAGUAAAGCACACACAAAAAUAAAAAUCGCUUCAAUCGACACAGGAAAAAAAAUUGAAACAAGGAGAAAAAUAUCAGCGAUAAGUGAAAAAUAUAAUUUAAUAAUCAGGGAAAUUAUCAAGUAAACAGUAAUCGCCCCGGGUGGAUAGAGAGAGAGCGAAAAAGAGCUAGAGAGAGAGAGAGAGAGCGAGUGAGCACGAUUGCUGCUGCCAUUCGGAAAUAUAACCAUUUCAACGACAUUGUGUUGAAACUAUUGGUGACGGAUUGACGAAUCGAUUUCACACUAAACAUGGGUGGCUGUAUUGGAAUAAAUCGCAACGAUGGCGAUACUGCAAAUGGAUCGUCAUUAAAUGUAUCGCGACCACUUUCGGAUAAUUUAAUAGGUGGAAAUGGAGGGCCACCGCGUAAAAACCACCCAUUAUGCCAUGAAACGAUACGUUGGAAAUCGGAUGUGCCGCUGACAGAAGGCCAACUACGAUCGAAGCGUGAUGAAUUCUGGGACACAGCGCCGGCAUUCGAUGGCAGAAAAGAGAUUUGGGAUGCGCUACGCGCUGCAACAGUCGCUGCCGAAGCACUGGACUUUCAAUUGUCACAGGCCAUUUUAGACGGUGCUAACAUUAGCGUACCAAAUGGCUACUUAACGGAAUGUUACGAUGAGUUAGGCACACAAUACAAAGUACCCAUAUAUUGUUUAUCGUAUCCGAUAAAUAUUGUGAAAGAGGACAAUGGACGAGAUUCACCGGCCGAAUAUUCGGAACCAGUGGACGGUGGCUCCGAAUUGGUGUUGAAAUUACGUUUGUCAUCAUCGUUCGCCGAUACAAAACUAACCGUUUAUUCAAAAGACACAAUCGGCCAGUGUAAAAAGAAAUUACAAGCACAAGAAAAUGUUGAUGCAUGCUGUCAACGUUGGUUUUACGGCGGUAAAUUGUUGGGCGAUAAAAUUUUGGUCGAGGACGCACAAAUCCAGCCACAGUACAUUGUACAGGUUAUUGUAAAUACCGAACACUACAAUCACGGUGUGAAUAGCUAGCCAAUAUACAAUAUUUAUGCCAUGUAUCUGUCCGAAGAGAAUGGUAUGUCACACACGAGCAAAACUUAACAUCGACACCAAAUCAUCGUGUAGACGAAAAAAAAGAAGCAAAUCGUGUAUUUUUUCUUCGCGAAAAGAAGCAGAAGAAAAAAAGGGAUACAAAUGCAUCGAAUUAGAUUUCGAUCAUUAGGAGAUUCAUUUGCAUCAUCAAAACACAUUUAGCAGUAACCUCUCCUCCUCUUCCCCCAUAUACAAAUCUAGUGUGAGUGCAGCAAUCACAGAGUGUAACAUAUUCACAAAUACACACACACUUUGUUUGCGCUGAUCACCACAGUUGAUUGUGCACAGUUGAUUGUGCAUGAUGUGCAUUUAUGAAUUAGGAGAUCUUAUAAAAUAACAACAAUAAUAACAAGGGAGAAAAUAACAACACAGUUUUAAAAGAAUUUAUCCUAGCAAAACGAUUUAAGUGUGAUUUAUUAGAUGAGAUGUAACAUAUAGAAAUGAAGAUAUUUUUUUAAGUUUGAAUAAUAUGAAGUUAAACGAAAGAAGAAAGAAAAGAAAAAAUCGUUAUUUUAAAUGAAGAAAACAAAUAAUCUAUUUACCUUUUACCUGAAUUGGAACAUGUGAAACGAUUUUUAAGGAUUUGUUCGAAAUUACCACUGAAAAAGACACAAACACAUAAUUUUCUGUUCUAUUUUUUUUUUGCCUGUUUUGUUUUCUUGGAAGGAAUGGUAACACAAAACGAAAGAAAUUGUACAAUUUUAUCCAAUUGAAAAAGACGCAAAUAGACUUGAAGUGUCUGAGCAAGAGGGCUGAUAGGUGUAUACGUCAUAAUAAUCUUAAUGAUAACUAAAUGAAAACAUGUGAAUACUUUAUUUUUUACUACCACCAUUUUCGAGUCAACAAUAUGCUAGACUUUAAAAAUCUAUUUGCUCCCUCCUGUAGUGAAUGUGUUUGUUUUUAAAACUCAGGUGCUUUCUUCAAUCAAAAAAACAAAAACAAAAACAAAAAAAUAAAUAAAUAAAUCCAUAUAUUCAUUCAAUUUUGAAUAACAGCCACUUAUUCGAAAACGCUGAAAGCAAUAAUUAUGCUCAACGUAGCUCAAUUAUUAUUCGAUCCGCUUCGAACAAUUCGUGCAAUCUUCCUGCUAAUUACUUUUGCCAACACCAUUUGAUGUAGGGAUUCGUUGUUGGUUUUCCUUUACCCGUCAGUUUUACGUGGAUGAGCGUUUAUCAACAAAUGCAAUUUAAAGAGAAACAGAAGAAGAAAACACAUUUUUUUAACCAUUGAAACGAGCGAGAGCUCCUCGCCGAGAGAUAGAGAGAGAAUCAAAAGUACAAAGUAUCUUCGCCAUUGAAUUUUUUCUCUUUUCAAUCAUUGUUGCAUUGCUGCGUUGCGGCAGUAAUCACCAGAAAAGACAAAGAUCAAAAUGAAAUAAUCGAGAAUUUGCUUCACUUCAACGUCUCUUUUUAACACAAUCUCCCUCUCACACACACACACACACAUACACACACAGUUAGUUCAUGUGUCAUCAAGAGUGCAAAUGUGGAAACAAUAAUAGGGACCUUAGCAUUUGUAUUUGUACAUAAUGAUUAAGCCGAUGAUAAGUAGAUAAAGAUGUAAUUUUUUUCACAACAAAGUAUAUAUGGACGCGGGCAUAUAAGGACUCACCUAUUCCUACACCAUCCAAAACAAUGCGGAAUUUAUUGUUUUGGUUUUCGUUUCAUUUUCCGUAUGUAACAAUUGUGUCAUGCAUACACGAACAUGAAUUAGGUUUUCAUGAUUGAGAUUCGGUUUCGGUUUCGUUUUUCCCGUUAAUGCAUGAGCACAGAGUAUUUCAUUAUACAAUAAUUUUCUAAUUAGAAAAAAAAAGCAACAACAAAAAGCCAUAAUGACUGUAACGUCAAACGAUAGCGGCACAUGCAAUAAAUGGACAACUCACAAACUCUUUCCAUAUAUAUUGAAUCAUCGACAUUCGACUUUUUGCGCACUGAAUCACCAUUUGAAUUUAUUUACACAAAAUGAAGAAGAAGAAGAAGAAGAAGAAAAUCAUUUAAGCAACGCAAAAUUCAUUAUUAUGAUUAAAAUGUUGGGCUGUGUGUCACCUCUAACGAUUUGCUUCUCUGUGUGCGUUUGUGUUUGCGAUGACGAAAAAAAAUCAAUGAUGAGUCAAAUUCAAUUUUUCUGGCACAUUGAUAAACAUUUGGGUUUCUUUUUUGAAAAUUAUAAUUAUUACCUGAUUCACGUGGUAUUUUGUUCAUACGCACUUUGGCAAUGACUUUGGGUGUACAUGUAUGUUUUUUUUAUAUAGAAUCGAUCACGAUGUGAGCAACUGCCAAAAUUGUUUUCGAGGCAUCUUACAAUGACUUUGCAUUUCAUUUGAGAUCAUUCAAUAACACACACCGCUUCGAAAGAAAAGAAAUUGUUCGUGUUUUUUUUUCUCUGUCAACGAAAUUACAGGUGUAUCUUUCAAUUAUUUGAGUAAAACACACACACCCACAUCUACGGAUGAAAAACAGUUCGAGACUUUUUUGAAUGACACUUUUGUUUAUUCGUUAAUGAUGAAUUUUUUUCUUCUCUCUCAACAAAGCCCAAAUGUUCAUUUGAUCGCAUAUUUUUCGCUCAUGUUUUCUUGAAGAUAUACGAAUUUUUUGAAUAACAUAAGCCCUAUUUGUAAUCGUAUUUGUUGUGUUUUAAAGUAUUUUUUCUUCUUUCUGUCUACGAUUUUAAAUGUCGCAAUAACCAUAUGAUGACAUCGCUCGAAGAUUUAAUUUUUUUUUAUCUCGAUGCCUAUGAGAUACAAGAAGAAAAAGAAAUGUUGCAUUUUGUUUCCUUAAUACUCGUUUUUAGUGAAAUAAUUUUGUUUAACUUAUCGGACCUUAUUUUAUUGUUCUUUAUUUUGCCAUCAUAUUUUUUUUAAUAAGCAGAAACCUAAACGAAUAUAUGUAUAAAGGAAAAUUAAUAACUCAAAAAUGCUUCGGAUGAUGAUUCCGAAGCCGAUAAAGAUUUGUCGUUUGACAGGUGAUUCAAUCCAAGAGAAUCAGCUAACUAAAGCAGUGUCAACGAAGAAUACGUCAAACACAGAAACACUCUCGGGAAAAGGUUUCCUUUGUUUCUAUUUUAUUGACUGCAAGAAAAAACACACAUAUUAAAUUUUAUUUGUGAAUUUAAGCGUGAAUUAGACACAAAAACCAAUUUAUACGAUGCGACAAACAAAUUAUCUUCUAUUUUUAUGAAAUUAAAUGUAAUGAAAUGAAACACCUUUAGUUAUGGAAUAUGUUAAUUUUAAUUUAUAAUGAAAUUAUUUAGAAAUAAAUGUAUUUAUAUAAAUCAA